CAAUUACAGCAAAUGCUACAGCAAAUUGACCGCGCCUCAAUGGACGCUUCCCAGGAUCAGUUGCCCAGAAGUGCUGUUACGGAACAACGUGUCCAUCAACAAAUCCUUCAUGCUUGUCAGUCCGUCUACGACAGAAUUGAACCACUACGUGAAGCAGCAAUUGGACGUAGCGAGGAACUCGGGCACACAGUACGUGAACAUAUGGAAGCAAUGGAACCACUGGUGCAGUCCUCAAUACAAGCAGCGUCGAUAAGCUACGAUACGAAAUCGCAGACAACAAUCUUUGAGCAGUGCAAAACAGUUGUUGAAGCGGAACUGCAAAUGCUCUAUGGAUGUAAAGAUGCAGGCGGAAAUCCGAAGGCCCAUGAAUUGCAUGUGAUAGUGAAUGAUAGUGCCAAUCAGUUACGUGAUGCGCUGGCCGAGAUGCAACGCAAUGUAAACCGUAUGGCCUCGGAAGCUGGUGUUAUUCACGGGGUUGUGGAGAACAUCUCACGUUCGAUUGCUGUCACGGACGAGACAACAGCCCUGCAGAGUGUAACUGGGACAUUCACGGACGCGCAAACACGCAUGAUCAAUGCACUUGAGGAAAUAUCACGUAUUGCUACUGAUAUGCCACUUACAUUGCCCGAUUCGUUGGGCCCGUUGGCGCUUCGUCUUUCCGAGAGAUAUUCGGAUUUGGCAAAUGAUUCUCGACUCGCAAUUGCCACACUACCAUCUCCGAAUUUGGCCCAGAAACUGCGUGUUGCGGUACAGAAACUGGGAACCGCAUGCAUUGAUGAGGUCAAAAUAGCGGGGCAGCGCCGUGCGCAUCCAAAUGAUCAGCGUAUACUGGAUGAUUUGUCACAUGGUUCACGUGCGGUUGUAGAACGAGUACAGGAAGUACUGGCUGCACUGCAUGAGGGAUCACGCGGCACACAGGCAUGCAUCAAUGCUGCCAACACAGUAUCAGGUAUCAUUGGCGAUCUCGAUACAACAAUCAUGUUCGCCACAGCCGGAUCGCUGAAUCCGCAGCGAGAUUCCGAAAAGUUCGGCGAUCACAGAGAAGCAAUUCUGAAAACGGCGAAAGCACUGGUGGAGGAUACGAAAGCGCUUGUGGCCGGAGCGGCAUCGAAUCAGGAGCAGCUUGCAGUGGCCGCUCAAAAUGCCGUUCGCACCAUCGUUAAUUUGUCGGAUGCGGUGAAAAAUGGCGCUGUUUCGUUGUCAUCGGACAAUGCCGAGGCGCAAGUCAUGGUCAUCCAUGCAGUGCGUGAUGUGGCAGCCGCUCUUUCGAAUCUAAUCCAAGCAACGAAGAAUGCAUCGGGUCGUUCAUUGCACGAUCCGGCAAUGGGACAUCUCAAAGAAGCGGCCAAGGUAAUGGUAACAAAUGUAACAUCGUUGUUGAAAACUGUAAAAACCGUCGAAGAUGAGCACCAGCGUGGUACACGAGCAUUGGAAGCAGCAAUUGAAGCAAUCGGCCAGGAAAUCCAUCUGUACGAUACUGGAGAAGCACCCACCAGAGGUUCAUGA